UCAACAGGCUGUUGGUAAAGUAGUUAGCUGUAUCGGUACCAGUUAACUGUCUUUAAGUUAAAUUACCCUCUGUUGUAAGAAAUGUCUCGAGUUCACGCAGAAAGCGUGAUUAAAAGCAUUAUCCGUCGGAUAGUGCAGGAGUGCGCAGAGAGAGGACAGGCGGUGUCCGACACUUUGGUGGCGUUCAUGGCGAAAGCUGUUGUGCUGGACCCAAGAAAUGGCUUUCAUGUUGAUCGAACAUUGACCAAACAAGACAUCCAGAACCUUGAAGAGCUGUGCCUGGAUAAACUGAUGGCAAAGUGCAGCCCAUCCCUUGACACAAUCAAAAUGCAAGUGUAUUUUGACAUGAAUUACACCUCCAGACGUGAGUUUCUUGAGGAAAUCCACCAGGUGGUGGAGUCCAGGCUGAGUGCAGUGAGCAGAGAGAUCACUGACAGCAGAGUGAAGACACGGGAGGAAUUAGACGCUCUGUACCGUAAAAUCAUCACCUAUAUCCAGCUGCGCUCUGGCAUGGGCUCACCGACAGAUGUCACCAGUGUGCAAGAGGCUGCAGCUGCUCUGCAGAGCGUCUUCCCUCAGACUGAACUGGGAACCUUCAUGGUGCUCUUAAAGAGGGACAAAGAGCAGCAGCUUAGAGAGCUCACCAUGACCGUCACAGGGAUCCAACUCUUCAACAAAGCCAGCAAGAAGGGAGGCAAGGAGACUGACAUCCAAGAACUAAUGCCUGCAAUUCUUAGUGAAACUCUUCCAGUCACCAGUAAGAGGUUAGAAAAAGAGCUGAGCGUGUCACAGACUUUGGCGUGGAAAUACACAGCAGUGCUGGAGAAGCUAACGAAGCCUGACAGUCAGCCUGGAGACCAUGAUGUGCCCAUUGUCCUGCUCAGGCAGGCUCUGUACAAUGUCAGGCAGCAUGAAGUGUUCCUGAAAAUGUUACUGGCUGAUGCAUGUUUAUGUGCCAAGCAUGUUGAAAUCCUGCAGGAUGAGUUCUCAUCUCAGAUAAAGCUGCUGAAACAAACUGUGCAGUCAAAGACAGCUGUGCACGCUGCACAAGUUUUUCCACUGUUCAAGUCCCUGUCAAAGGUGUGGUGUGGACUUCAGGAUGAGGCUGAGCUGCUCAACAUCCUCAGUAACAUCAUGCACAACCUGCAGCCUUUCAUUGCCUCUCAGGCCGAGCUUUUUUCGGAGGCUUAUUUGGACGGUCUGCUGGAUACGUCUGAGGUGAAGACAGACCAACAGAGAAUGACUGAGUCGUCAGAUGAGCGUAUUAUUCCAGCUGAGAUGAAGAGGCAGGAAUGGCUCCUGCCUGAAACAACAGCCAGUUUUAAUGAGCUGCCACUACAGUAUGAUGGAGUCUGUGGCUACACGCUUGUGAACAGAGAUGGGCUUCUACUUCCAGGUAAUCCACACAUUGGAGUCCUCAAACAUGAGGAGAAGCUCUAUGUUUUUAGUUCCAAAGAAGCUGCGCUAAAAUUUGCCUCCAGUCCAGACGACUUCAUUGCAGAGGUGGCAGAGAAAGCCAAGCAUUCCCCUGAACUCAUCCAGCUCCUCAAACUCCACCAGCAGUUUUCCUGCGUCAGUCCUUACCCAGAGAUGCAGCCAGGAGAGAGUUUAUUGGUAAAACCCAUCACCAAGUGUGAGGGCGGCACACAGACAGACCUUCACCCAGUGGAGACAAACAUCGUCAAGUCAUAUGAGUGGAAUGAGUGGGAGCUGCGGAGAAAAGCCAUCAAACUGGCAGAUCUGCGGACCAAAGUGACACACUCAGUGCAGACUGACCUCAGCCACAUGAGACGGGAAAAUGUCACUCAGACCUGGCUGCCCAAGAACGCUGCCUGUCAAAGCAAAAGAGACGGUGAGAGCAACAUGCCCAAACCUCAGACCUACCUGGCUGGUCUGAGGGGACAAAGAGACGGACACGUGGUCAAAACAAACCUGACCAGGUCUGUGGAUGAAAAAUGAAGGUGUCCAAACAACAGUUUAUUUAUUGAAUUGUAUGCAUUAUGUAUGUAAAGCUAUGGCUUUCAGAGCUUUUCAAAAUGGCUGAUUUAAAUGCAAGCACAUUAAUAGGUUAGUAAGCUGUUGUUCUGUAGAAUGACAGAAAAUGAACCUUGUAAAUUAGCCUCUAAGGUCUUGAUGACACCAUCAGGGUUAUUUUGUCAGAAUUCACAAAGCUCCAUUUCACAAAGUUUUAGGAUUUUUUUCUUUUUUAAUUAAUCUUUUUUUCCCUAAUUUCUCCUUGAGUGUUGUAUAGUUGUAUGGUUUUAUCUCCUUGUUGUCUUUGUAUCUGCUCCUGAAUUGUAAAGCACUUGCACUGCAUUCUGCAGCUAUAUAAAUAAAAGUUAAUUCAU